AUGGCGAGCAAGCAGUCUGAAGAGGUCAGAACGGCCUUGAAUCUGAAGAAGAAAUCUUCCGACGUCCACGCCGUCGACCAGUCUGGAAAUGUUUUCAAGGGAUUCCAAAUUUGGACGGAUUUGGCGCCUUCGGUGAAGGAGCAGCCAGACAUCAUGUUCGCUAAGUGCGUCGUCCAGGCAGGCUCCACGAAGGAGGCGCUUAAGUGCGUCCAAAUUGAUCCCCCCGGGCAUGACGAGGUCUUCGACGUGCCGCAGGGGAACGCGUGGAACGUGAACAGCCAGAUCGACCCCAUGACCUACGGAGACAUUGGCAUGCUGCCGCACACCAACAUCCCCUGCGUUUUGGAUUUUCUCAAGGUUCGCUUCAUGAAGAAUCAGAUCUACACGACCGCUGACCCGCUCGUCGUCGCCAUCAACCCCUUCCGCGACCUCGGCAACACCACCCUCGAGUGGAUCACUCAGUACAGAGACGCCGCCGACGUCACCAAGCUCGCCCCCCACGUCUUCUACACCGCCAGGCGCGCCCUCGACAACCUCCACGCCGUCAGGAAGUCCCAGAGCAUCAUCGUGUCCGGUGAAUCCGGUGCGGGCAAGACUGAGGCGACGAAGCAGAUUAUGCGUUACUUCGCGGCGGCGAAGUCGGGCGCGAUGGAUCUGCGCAUUCAGAACGCGAUUAUGGCGGCGAACCCUGUGUUGGAGGCGUUCGGAAAUGCAAAGACUAUCCGCAACAACAACUCGUCGCGUUUCGGUCGCUUCAUGCAGCUAGACGUCGGCAAGGAGGGAGGUAUCAAGCAUGGCUCUGUCGUCGCGUUUCUGCUCGAGAAGUCGCGUGUGUUGACGCAGGACGAGCAGGAGCGUUCGUACCACAUCUUUUACCAGAUGUGCAAGGGCUCGGAUGCGGCGAUGAAGCAGCGCUUCAAGUUGCUGCCGCUCACCGACUACAAAUUCAUCAACCCGGUGUGCCUGGACGCACCCGGCAUCGACGACAUCGCCGAGUUCCAUGAAGUCUGCGAGUCGUUCCGUUCGAUGAACCUGAAGGACGACGAAAUCGACAGCAUCUGGAGCAUUGUCAGCGGCGUGCUGCUGCUGGGCAACGUCGAGGUCAGCGCUACCAAGUCAGGCGGCAUCGACGACGCCGCGGCCAUCGAGGGCAAGAACUUGGACGUGUUCAAGGAUGCGUGCGAGCUGCUUUUCCUCGACGCAGAGCGUGUGCGCCAGGAGCUCACCAUCAAGGUCUCCUUCGCGGGUGGUAACAGGAUCGAAGGUCGCUGGAAGCAGGCCGACGGUGACAUGCUCAAGUCUUCGUUGGCGAAGGCCAUGUACGACAAGCUCUUCAUGUGGAUCAUUGCCGCGCUGAACCGCAACAUCAAGCCGGACGGCGGCUUCCAUAGUUUCUUGGGAAUGCUCGAUAUCUUUGGCUUCGAAGUCUUCAAGAACAACUCGCUGGAGCAGUUCUUCAUCAACAUCACGAACGAAAUGCUUCAGAAGAACUUCGUCGACAUCGUCUUCGAUCGCGAAAGCAAGCUCUACCGCGACGAGGGCGUCUCCUCCAAAGAGCUUGUCUUCACCUCGAAUGCGGAAGUCAUCAACAUGCUCACGGCCAAGAACAGCUCCGUCCUCUCCGCGCUAGAGGAUCAAUGCCUGGCUCCUGGCGGCUCGGAUGAGAAGUUCCUCUCGAACUGCAAAAACAUGUUGAAAGGCAGCACCAAGUUCAAGCCUGCCAAGGUGUCGCCGAACAUCAACUUCCUCAUCGCCCACACCGUCGGCGACAUCCAGUACAACGCCGAGGGGUUCCUCUUCAAAAACAAGGAUGUGCUUCGCGCCGAAAUCAUGGAAAUCGUCCAGCAAAGCACGAACCCCGUCGUCGCCCAGCUUUUUGCGGGCAUCGUCAUGGAGAAAGGAAAGAUGGCGAAGGGUCAACUCAUCGGCUCCCAGUUCUUGGCGCAACUCCAGAGCCUCAUGGAGCUCAUCAACAAAACGGAACCCCACUUCAUCCGUUGCAUCAAGCCGAACGACACCAAGAAGCCGCUCGACUGGGUGUCUUCCAAGAUGCUUAUUCAGUUGCAUGCGCUCUCCGUCCUCGAAGCCCUCCAGCUGCGUCAGCUCGGUUACUCUUACAGACGUCCGUUCAGCGAGUUCCUGUAUCAGUUCAAGUUCAUUGACCUGUCCGCCUCUGAGAACCCGAACCUCUCCCCAAAGGACGCUGCUCAGAAACUGAUCGACUCCUCCAAGAUCUCCAAGGACGACUACCAGAUCGGCAAGACGAUGGUCUUCUUGAAGCAGAUUGCCGCGAAGGAGCUCACGCAGAUUCAGCGCGAGUGCCUGAGCGCCUGGGAUCCUCUGAUCUCCGUCAUCGAGGCCGUGUAUGUCAAGCGCCGCUACAAGAAGAUGCUCACCAAGCGUGCGCCAUUCAUCAUGCGUGCGCAGGCCCACAUCCGCAGACACUUGGUCGACAGCAACGUCUCUCCUGCGACCGUUCAGAAGGUGUUUUAA